AGGCGCCCUGUUUUCACCGUCGUCCGUAACAAGGCCCUAAAUACAGCUUGUAAGUUGUAUUGUCGUAUAAUUUUGCAUAAAUUGACCUUGCUGGAAACUGAAAAUAUUGUUGUGAAAGAAAGUUUUUAAGACCUACCUCUAAACACAUAUCAUUGGCUGUAGAACACUGACGGCAGUUGGCACCGCAGCAGCAGCAGCAGUUGGAGGACAAUGGACGGCGGCCACCUGCAGGCCAGCCUGCUCUCUGCCGGUGUGGACCAGCUGACGGUGCUGCCGGCCGACACGGUGAUGGUACUGCCGUCACGCGCCUCGGAGCUGCCCGGUACUGCUAGCGCCGUGUUCACCCGGCUGGCCGAGCACACCGGGGCACAACUGGUGGAUACCGUGCAGUACAUCGACCUCAGCAAGGCUCACCUGACCACCGCCCACCACAAUAUGGAGGUGUCCGUGGUGUCGGACGGCCACGAGGCCGCCGGCCGGGUGUUCCUGCACGCCGAGUACCCGCGCUGGCAGGCGGUCAAACAGAGGUUACAGCUCCUGGAGGACCAUGAGGUGGCGCGCGUGCUGCUCGACCUCUAUGAGAGCACCGUGGAGUCGGAACAACUGGCGAUGAAGGCGGACGUCGAUCAGGACGAGUACGGUGGUGACGAGAACACCAGAGUGGUUCACUGUGAGAUCAGUGGCUCGGCACGUCCGCCGCCGCCGCGGAUCCUGGACGUUCGCGGCGCCGGGGGAGAGAUGGCAACGUCCUGCGCUGUUGCACAAAGUAGCCGACCGGCCACUCACUCAGCACCGGUCGCUGUGAGAGCUCGCCGUGCUGCCCGAGCGUCCAUCCCACGACGUGACCGGCCGUGUCCCAGGUCCAAGAAACCACCCGGGUAAGUCGCCUGACUAUUGUCACAACAGUGAGUAAUGCCGGGGUUCUUUGGUAAAGCAUGUGUAAUUUCAGAAUAUGUCUGGCUCAAGUAGCCGAUUACCUUGGCCGCAAACGGCAAUUUGGGCGAGAGAGGCCAUGUGGAAAUUUGUAUUAGGUACUAAGAGCGGAUUGAUUUAAUUAGCGAAUGAUAUGUUUGAAGCCAUUUAUCAGUUCUGAAUUAUAACCAUAUUGCGUGGAUGAUUGACGAAUGUCAUUUGACGAUCACAGCAUUGAUAUUUUGUUGAGUUUGGACAGGAAUUAAGAAUCAAGUAAUAAAAUGGCAUAGCUCCCUAGUCCCUUGUCUCUCUGUCUCCCUCAAACUCCUUAUCCGCUGCUCUAUGUAUAUCAUCCUCAGUCUCCAUCUCAGUCCUCGUCCCACCCUCCCUCUGUCUCCCAGCGAGUCUCAUCUCUCUCUCUCUCUCUCUCUCUC